AUGCAUCCAUUGAUUUAAAUUCAGUUGAAUCAAUUCGUUUCCCGCCUUGAGUUAUUUGAGUCAUUGCGAUCGCUGCAUAUUCAUACAUCGCUCCGAAUCGCUCGAAUAUUCUUCUCCGACGUUUAUCGCAGAGAAAUUUACAGUCUCUGAUCCUUUAGCCACAAAACGUGUCACUGACGAGAAUAAUAAUUAUCCGCGUACGCGAGAGUGGUAGACAAAAAUGUCUCUUAGAAGUAACACGGAUAUCUUGAGACUGUUUGAGAAAGCGAGUCGAGCAAACACCGACAACAAUGUCAAGUCGGAAGAUAAUUCAUCAAGGAAGCGAGAUACCGUUGUUUCGAUUCGCUCGGAGGAAACGCCAGCAGCCGAAGCGUCCGCGACCCAAGUGGAAACGAAACUCAUCUUCAGUGUGGUGUACGGUAAAGUAACUUCAAAGAAACGCAAAACAUGGAGCGGCGACGGCCUGUUGGAAGUUACGGGGAAGACCGCAGUUCUCAGGGACUUGGAGGGAAAUGUCAUGGGGAGAACCGUGAUCAAUCCACAUGAUGCGACAGAAGGUUUUACAUUGAUCAUAGGAAACAGACGGAUUGAGAUUAUAGAACGGGUGUCGCAAGAUCCCUCUGUCAUGGAGAAACUUUCCAACGAACCAACGGUGAGAGAAGCGCCACAAAAACGAUGUAAAGUGUCUACAUUUGUGAGAAAUGCGUUUGUAUCACCAGAGAGACAGAGCUCUACCGAAAAGGCAGAGUCGGUUGUCGAUGCAACGCAAGCGAGGACCAAAAUGCAAGUAUUCUGGAAACAAGUAUUGCAACAGGUGUCUUCCAGAAAGCACAAGACGUGGGAUAACGACGGUCUACUGGAAGUGAUUGGAAAAAGUGCAAUUUUAAUGGACUCGAGUGGAAGCAUUAUAGGAAGAGCUACGGUCAAUCCGCUCAACGUGGUGGAAGGUUCCACGUUGAUUGUCCAAAAUAAACAAGUUGAGGUCACGGAUCGAGUGUCGCAACAGGUGGUUGAACCGGAGAAGCGCUCCAAUGAAGUGGUAAAAGUGCGAUCGCGAAAGGGAACCUCUACCUCUGCUUUUGUACCUCUGUUGUCAACCGCCAGAGAACCGGUGAAUUGCGAGCCUUUGGUGAUGCCGUACACGAGUCCCGCGGCUAUAUUGGUAAGCGACGAGGAUCCGCAAAAGGAGCAGGAAGUCUCGGUCGACUUCUGUUUAACGGCGAAGCUCAGAAAACACCAGCGUCACGGAGUAGUCUUUCUUUACGAGUGCUUGAUGGGUCUGAGAGCGCCCGAUUACCUCGGCGCGAUUUUGGCCGACGAUAUGGGCCUUGGCAAAACCUUGCAGUGUAUCACGCUGAUCUGGACGCUGUUGAAGAAGGGUCCACGCGGCAAACCGAUCUUGAAACGCAUUCUCAUAAUAACACCAAGUAGCUUGUGCCAGAAUUGGGACAAGGAAUUCGUAAAGUGGCUGGGCUCCCACAGAAUGUCUGCGUAUGUCGUGGACGGUAAGAGCAACAAGCCCAAGGAUUUUACGAAGCACCCGAUGAACACGGUAAUGAUCGUUAGCUAUGAAAUGUUGAUGAGGUGUCACGCGGAGAUCAGCGAAAUCGCGUUCGAUCUAAUCGUGUGCGACGAAGGCCACCGACUGAAAAAUAGCAAUGUGAAAGCGGCAAAACUGUUGAACGAGCUAGAUUGUAAAAGGCGGAUUCUGUUGACGGGCACCCCCAUACAGAACGACUUGAAGGAAUUUUAUGCGCUGGUCGAUUUCGUGAAUCCUGGUAUCCUCGGCACUCCCGCCGAGUACAAGGGUUAUUACGAGGACCCGAUCGUCGCGUCCCAGUGCCCCCGCGCGAACGCGGAGACCCUCUGUCUGGGGAAUGAGAGAGCCACGGAAUUGCACGAGCUCACGAAACGUUUCAUUCUAAGGCGCACGCAAGAGACGAUAAACCAGUACCUACCGCAUAAACACGAGAUGGUCCUGUUCUGCUCCUUAUCCAGCAGACAGCGAGACUUGUACGUUCACGUUACCGAUGCUUGGUUCAAUAAGAUUUGCAUGCAGGAUAAGAGCAACAUGCACCUGUCCGUUGUCACCGCUCUGAAGAAAGUCUGCAACCACCCGAAUCUAUUCGUAAACGACAAGGAAAGCACGCAGUACCUGCUCCCGCAGGCAACAACGAACAGGCAGAAGGAACAGGACGAUAACUUCACCGAGUACUGCGGGAAAGUCACUGUCGUGCAAACGCUGAUGAGAAACUUGAAAAGGACUGAGGAAAAGCUGGUGUUGGUCUCCUAUUACACGCAAACGCUCGAUCUGCUCGAGACCGUGUGCGGUAUCGAGGGAUUAGAGUUCUCGAGAUUGGACGGUACUACUCUGAGCUCCACGCGGUCCAAGAUCAUUGAACAGUUUAAUACGCGGACCGACGAGAGCAAGGUCUUCCUGUUGAGCGCCAAAGCGGGCGGAGUUGGUCUGAAUUUAUCCGGAGCGUCGAGGCUCGUGUUAUUCGACUCCGAUUGGAAUCCCGCAUCGGACGCGCAAGCCAUGGCACGAAUCUGGAGAGAUGGGCAGAAAAGGGACGUCUACAUUUACAGAUUGCUGACGACGGGCACGAUAGAGGAGAAGAUAUAUCAAAGACAGAUCAGCAAAGCUGGCCUGAGUGAAUCCGUGGUGGAUCUGAACCAUCUGGGUUCCCUGAAAUUGUCUAUCGAAGAACUGAAGGAUUUGUUUACGCUGGCGACUGAUACCGUCUCGUUAACGCACGAUUUAAUGAACUGCCCCUGUUCAGGUCGGAAUAACGAGCACGUAUCUUCCGUGGAACGAAACGAGGAGCACAGGGAGACGCGGGAUUGUCAAUUGACGUUGCGCGACAAGACGUCCCAACCAAAUUUGACUAUAAAUCAGCUUCUCGAGUGGCAACACUAUAAGCAGCCGUUUCCAGUGGACCUCAUGCAGAACAUCAUGUUGACCGAAGUAGCCAACGAUAUGACAUACAUAUUUAAGAGCUCCACAGUGCCUCUUUCGCAACACGCGCCGGCUAAUUAAGGUAAGAUGAAAAAUUAUGUAAAUCGUAAAAAUAUAUUGUAAACCAGGAUAAACGUUACAAUUGCGUCGUGUGUCCGUAGAGUUUACAAUUUAUAUCGUAAACACGUGUACACACACGUGUAGCGCGCGCGCUGUAUUUUUCAAGAGACACGGUAGUGUCUCGUGCCAAGUAUAUGCGCAGCGAGACCGACCGUGUACUGUUACGCGAAGCGACGCUUUCGCGGACACUCAGAUUAUUAGAUCUCAAUAACCGCUGAACGCAUCAAGUUCAGAGUAGGCUCAAUGGAUAGCUUGGGGUCGAAUAUAAAAAUACUCCAAAAUAGAAACCACUGUGUAUAUGUAUAUAAAACAUCCGUAACAUGGAAUGUCAUAUCGACAAGCGAAUAUAUUGGGUUGGCCAAAAAGUAAUUGCGUUUUUUUCCAAUAGAUGGACAUACAUAUCUUGAAAUGUAACUAACUUCAUUCUAAACCGCAAAUUCAUUAUGUAGGUUAACAACUCACAGUU